GUCUUGAGCCUUUCCCGAGGCCGCCGCCAUGGCGCUGAGCGGGGCCUGGUGGAGCCGGGCCGUGGCGCGGGCGAGAGGGGCCGGCGGCCUGUUGAGGGGAGAGGCCUGGCCGUGGAAAGGGAGGGCGGCGAGGCCCAGCUCUGGGCGGGGCCCGGGACCUCCCGUCGUCUCGGAGCUGGACAAGGCAGACGCUUGGCUCCUCAGGAAAGCUCACGAGACCGGUGAGGGAAGGGCGGCGGGAGGGGGAGGGGGCUGAGGCGCGCGCAGGGAGAGGGCGGGGCCUGCGGAAGGCCGGUGUGGGCGGGGCUUCUGAAGGGGCGGGGCUUAAUGUCUGUUGCAGGAAGUAGACAGAUAAGACAUUCCAGGGCGGGAACAGGGAGGCUUAAUGUGGGCCAAGGGUCACCUCUUAGGAGCUUGCUUUUAAAAAUAACUCCUUAUUUAAAAUAUUUUACAUUGCAUGUUUAACUUUAAUAUCCCCCAACAAUAUUAUAUGUAUAUAUAUGCUAUUAGGCAGUACCUUUAUCAAUGUGCAAGGUUAAGAGUUCGGCAGAGCUCUUCAUCAGGGUAGGUCAGGUAUAGGCAAACUCCGGCCCUCCAGAUGUUUGGGACUACAGUUCCCAUCAUCCCUGACUACUGGUCCUGUUAGCUAGGGAUGAUGGGAAUUGCAGUCCCAAACAUCUGGAGGGCCAGAGUUUGCCUAUGCCUGGGGUAGGUGGUGCACAAUGCAGAGUUGAAAGGGAUCAGAAACACCCGCCUCCCUGUAGAAACAAUUCUGUGCUAACAGCAGUUUCCAAACUGCUGGUUGGAAGGUAGUCUUCAAAAGGUAGCCCCACAAACAGCACAUUACAGUGGUACCUUGGGUUACAUAUGCUUCAGGUUACAGACUCCGCUAACCCAGAAAUAGUACCUCGGGUUAAGAACUUUGCUUCAGGAUGAGAACAGAAAUCGUGUGGCGGUGGUGCGGCAGCAGCAGGAGGCCCCAUUAGCUAAAGUGGUGCUUCAGGUUAAGAACAGUUUCAGGUUAAGAACGGACCUCCGGAACGAAUCAAGUACUUAACCCGAGGUACCACUGUAUACUGGACGUUGAGUCAGAAGAUGCAAGGCUGCAGGCUAGAUCAGGUAUCAACCUAUAAGCAGGAUUCUAGGAAGCAGCAGCAAUGGCUAAUCCCCACUUUUGAAAACAUUAAGCUUUGUUGUUACCUCAGUCUGUCUUGUGCCAGGUGUGGGGUACCUGUGGCCCUUCAAAUGUUGGUCCACAGCCAGCAUGGACAGUGGUCAGCGCCUGAUGGGAGUUGUAGUUGGAACAUCUGGAGGUCUGCAUUAUCUUCUUUAGUCAGACAUCAUUUGUGAAGAGAAACAUAGCUAGCUUUAUAUCAGCAGAGCUCGUGACUGAUUUUAUGUACAGUACUAGGCAAAACAGUCAAUUGAAGCGUUGCCUGUUGAUUUUAACUAAAUAUUAAAGAUCCUCUUAUGUGGAAUAUGAUUUAGAACAGGGAUGCAGAACCUGUGGUCUUUCAGAGAUUGCAGGACUGUAACUCCCACCAACCCUUACCAUUUCAGUUUAUAGGAAGUGCCUUUUCCUGGAUUAGACCAUUGGCUGUUCUAGCUAUGAAUGGUCAGUUUUCUUGAAUGGAACCUUCUCACGAAGGGAUCUCUGCACCAUCUGCUUCUUCACCCUUUUAACUGUAGGUGUCAGGACUGAACCUGGGGCCUUCCACUGGCACCUGUGGUUUGUUUCUUUGCCUGCCCCCUAGCUAAGACUUCAUUACAGUAUUGUUCAGGGUCUUUAAGUACUUUUAUCAUUAUGCUGUUUCUAGCUACUGCUUCAGAUUUUGUUGAUGCUGGGACCUGGGUGGUGCUGUGGGUUAAACCACAGAGCCUAGGACUUGCCAAUCAGAAGGUCGGCGGUUCGAAUCCCCGUGACGGGGUGAGCUCCCGUUGCUUGGUCCCUGCUCCUGCCAACCUAGCAGUUUGAAAGCACGUUGAAGUGCAAGUAGAUAAAUAGGUACUGCUCUGGCGGGAAGGUAAACGGCGUUUCCGUGUGCUGCUCUGCUUCGCCAGAAGUGGCUUAGUCAUGCUGGCCACAUGACCCGGAAGCUGUACGCCGGCUCCCUCGGCCAGUAAAGCGAGAUGAGCGCCGCAACCCCAGAGUCGGCCACGACUGGACCUAAUGGUCAGGGGUACCUUUACCUUUAAUCUUGCAUUCUUUCAUGUAUUUAAGAUGUUUAUAUGCCACUUUUCAGCCAGACCUUUCAGAGUGGUUUCAGUAGAAUUCUAACAUACCAAUAAAAAUUCUAUAAUAUAACCAAUUCACUCCAAGAGAAUAAUGUUCAAUAUGAUUCUUGAGUGGUGAUGGUUGCUGUUGUAGAGGAAACACCGAAACUGGACUACUGCUCGGUGUUUGGCAGCUCAUUGGGCUCUUCUCUCUUCCCCACUUUUCUUUUGUUGUAAACCACCCUGGCAUUGUUGGAAUCAAGGGGUGGCAUAUAUGGAAUAGGAACAAACAAAUCCUUCCUAUGAAACAUGAAUGCUUAUUAAAUCACCAUGGCUGUUUCCACUGCCUUUCAACCCACCUUGCUCCCACAGUUGCUUGCAGUUGGGCCUCCAAUUGCCCACCGAACUGCCUGCUCCUCCCUCCCUUUUCCCUCUCAGUGGGCAGAGAGGGAGGAGCCAGGCAAGCUGGGGCACAAUGGUCUCAAGUCAUCCUUACAAACAAUAUCACGAAGAAUAACAUAAAAACCAACUAAAGCGUUAACAGCUAAGAACAUUUAAAGAUAUUCAGAACUGAAACAACAGCAGCACGUUUAUAUCUGUUUUUGGAUGUUCAGAACGCUUCAUGAAUACAGUGGUACCUUGGUUCCUGAACGGCUUGGCUCCCAAAUGCCACAAACCCGGAAGUAUGUGUUCCGGUUUGCGAAACGUUUUUUGGAAGCCGAACGUCCGUUUCAGCUGUCGGCAUUGUUUCCGGGCCAAUCAGAAGCCGCACCUUGGUUUGCGAACGUUUUGGAAGUCGAAUGGACUUCCAGAACAGAUUGAGUUUGGGAACCAAGGUACCACUGUAUAUUCUUAGUUAAUCCUUGUAACAACCAGUUCUGUAAAGUAAUGUGACAGUUAUGUUUAUUAACAGUAGCACUGGACUAUCAUAUUUUACAGGCUUACCUUAGAGUAUGUCUCAGUGGGGCUUAAUUCUGAGUAGAUAUGUGUGGGGUGUACUAUUAGCAUUCUUAAUAUGUAUUGAUUUAAUCUGAUAGAAACCAUGUCUGCUUAAACACAGGAGAGACGGUUCUUAUUCCCUUCCUCCUUUCUCACCAGGGUUCCUCUCCUGGUUUCGGAAUGGCUUGCUGGCUACUGGUGUUGGAGUGAUUUCUUACGUUCAGAGUGACAUGGGGCGCGAAGCAGCUUAUGGUAGGUAACAAGCAAGUCGAUACUCAGGGUGGAGUGACAGGAUAUUGGCAGAUCUUAGUUUGCUGCCAUGGAUAAAGGAAUCAUUCCAUCAAAAUGUUGUUGGCAUCAUUCUUCUAAGAGGAUAACUAUCAUAGAAGGGGUUACCUGUGUCAACAGGCCAACACCCUUUCCUUAGGGAGAAGUGAGAAGCCACAAAGUCAGCUUACAUGGCUCUGAUUCAUUUAUCCUUUGGAUCAGAAACUUGCAUCGUGGGUUCAUACAGGCCAUACAAUUGCCUCAUCUGCAGUGUGCAGUGAUGUGGAGCAGAAAAAAUGUUGAUUCAUAGGAUGGUUAGUAACAACAAACGGAUGCCCACUGUAACCACAGUAUUAGGCAAUCUUGACGGUUUGAACGCUUUUAGCCUUGUUUACUAAAUACAGGUGAUAUAUGCUAAAUUACAUCACUCUCCAGUCAAGGGUAUCGGAAAAUUUCCCCAAUUUGCACAGGACACUUUUCCAAUUCAAUUCAAUUUUUAAACAUCAUUAGCAGUGUUCGAAAUUAGCCAGGCACAUUUUAUGACUAGCGUGGGCCCAUUUGGGACCACGUGGCGAUUUGUGGGUGCCAAGUUGGCCACUGAGGAAAGCAAAAUGUCACCGAGAGAAGGAUCUGAAAUAUUUCCCUUGUAGCUUGAAUUCAUUUUAUUCUGCAUUGUUUUAUUUGAUGUUUUAAUGUGUUGUAAACUGCUUGGAGAUUUGUUCUUUAAAAUAUAAAGCAGUAUAAGAAUAAUAUCAUUAUACCAUGGAGGGGGGGGGAGAGACAUAACCUCGAUAUUCCAUUAUGGUGACCGCAGCCCAGGUUUAAAGUGCCAUUUGGCUAUUAGAUUAUAUAUCUGAGUUUCUAACACUGAUCACUGGUAAUAUGAGAAUAAAUUACAGGCCUGCCUUUCAGGGCCGUGGUAAGGAUAAUUAACACUAAGGGUGGAUCCCCAUGGGUCAUUUUCUGAGACUUGGUCAAGGUCUUCCAAUAUAGCUGAUGAAAUAGAAGGUACCUAGCCUCUGGUCUUCUGCCCCUCUGCUCUUCAGAGAAAGGAUGCAACCACAAGCGGUAUAGUUUGCACACGUAGCAGGAGAGUAGGCCUGGGUGAUAUAUUGAUAUACAGAGGUACCUCGGGUUAAGAACUUAAUUCGUUUUGGAGGUCUGUUCUUAACCUGAUACUGUUCUUAACCUGAAGCACCACUUUAGCUAAUGGGGCCUCCUGCUGCUGCUGCCUCGCUGCCGGAGCACGAUUUCUGUUUUCAUCCUGAAGCAAGGUUCUUAACCCGAGGUACUAUUUCUGGGUUAGCGGAGUCUGUAACCUGAAGCGUAUGUAACCCGAGGUACCACUGUAUUGCCCAGGACCAGUAUAUGGGGGCAGGCCGCAAUGAUAGCUUCACUCAGCGGUAUAUUCCUGGUGAAACUAUCACUGCUCUCGAGUCCCUUUGCCCCCAGCGUGCUGAGGGAGAAACAAAGUAGCUGGGAGCUAGAGGCAGAAGCUGUGGCAGUUUCACCAGCAAUAUACCGCUGGUGAAACCACCAUCGCACUCUGCCCCGACAUAGGGAGAAUCAAGCUGAAUCAGUGGGGUGCCGUUUCAGCUUGUUCCUUCCUCCGCUUCUUUAAACUGCAUGGCUGAGGAGCGUGCUGCUGUCAAGCAAUUUUACAGAGCCCCCCCACCCGCCGCAGUCCCCGAGGCACUGGGUGAAAGCACCUCAGCUCCCACGACGAGAGCUGCAGCAGUUUCACCUGGCAUCUCGCUGGCUGGGGCCAACACAGCUUUUUUCAACAUCGCGGUAUAUCGCCAAUGUCGACACACCGCAGCUGUAACUCUGGAGCUCAGGAAGUGGACACUAGCAUCACAGCCUGUUUUGCCCGUUUGCAAAACAGACCUGUUUAUUUGCCCUGCUGCAGGUGGGGAGUCAAAAUGGCUUUAAAAGUGACUGGAUUGAGAAGACUUUGCAAACCGGAAAAGAGCAGGCUGUUCUUCUAGGGCUGUUGCCGUGUAGCAAACGACUACUUGAGAUGCACCUUGUGCAACAUUUGUCUGUAGACACUGUACUGUCUACGACUGGGGCAGUCAUUCUUUCAACAUUUGGAAGAACUAAUUGAUGGUUAGAGCCAGAGAAAGAGCUUCUCUGAAUAAGUGAGUCAAAAGACAAGAGGAACCUUAAUAAGUUUCAAUUGACAUUUCAGACACUAAUAGCUCUUGUGAUGUCAUCUUCUGUAAACGGCACUCAGAAGAGCAAACGAUUCUACAGCCUUGAAAGUCAGACAGGGACUGUUUCAGCGACCUUGGACAGUUUGCUUCUCCCUAGGAAAAAGAUGGGUGGGGAGAAGUAGCCGACUUUAAAAGCUCAAGGCCAGCAGCGGCAGUUAGAGGCUGAGGAUCCACUGAGUUGCAGGUGUAUUCCCUUUGCCCACAUGGAAUGCCCAGGAAGGGGUAGCAGGUGUGCAGAGAGGAAGGUAGCAGAAGCAGAGGGUUUGUUCUUUGAAAUGGGCGGCUUGAACUCUUUAAGCCUGAAUAAAACGGAAAGUCGAAAUUGAUGUGCCCUGAAGUCUGUGAAAAAAAGCAGGGAAGGAGACAAGAGGAGGCAGGGUUUGACUGCAUCAGGACUGGGGAACCUGUCGCCCUUCCAACGUUGCUUCCUGGACUACGACUAUAACAGUUGACCAUUGAUGAUGAUGAUGAUGAUGAUGAUAAUUUAUUAUUUAUACCCCGCCCAUCUGGCUGAGUUUCCCCAGCCACUCUGGGCGGCUCCCAAUUGAGUGUUAAAUAUUAAAAACUUCCCUAAACAGAGCUGCCUCCAGAUGUCUUUUAAAGAUAAGAUAGCUGCUUAUUUCCUUGACAUCUGAUGGGAGGGCGUUCCACAGGGCAGGCGCCACUACCAAGAAGGCCCUCUGUCUGGUUCCCUGUAACCUCACUUCUCGUAAUCUGAGAAAUGCCAGAAGGCCCUCUGCGCUGGAUCUCAGUGUCCAGGGCUGAACGAUGGGGGUUGAGAUGCUCCUUCAGGUAUACUGGGCCGAGGCCGUUUAGGGCUUUAAAGGUCAGCACCAACACUUUGAAUUGUGCUCGGAAAUGUACUGGGAGCCAAUGCAGAUCUCUCAGGACCGGUGUUAUGUGGUCCCAGUGGCCACUCCCAGUCACCACACUAGCUGAUGAGGGCUGGAGCCCAACAACAUCUGGAGGUCACAAGUUUCCCUACUCUGAAUGGCAUUCUUGCUUGCUUAUAAGAAAUCUACAUUACAGGGGCCCAGCAGAAGUCCUUUGUGAGAUGCUGGCCCCCUGGCCUUCUGCUCCCUAAGCACCAGGCUGUGCCAGGUGCUUCUCUGUCCUCUUUGCUCCAUUUUUGUAUGUCCACCUACCCAACAGGGUAACAAUAUCUCAAUUCUUUCUCCAUUUACUUGCCCCCCCCCCCAGCACACCAGCACUUGCAGUCAGGCCAGCACUUAAGGCUGAUGCUGCAAAGAGUAGCACUUGUUCCUUUCCCCAGAGGCUAGGGCACCAGAACAUACACUUGGCCCCUUAAAGUGGUUCUCCCUCUCUCGCCCCUCCUUCCCCCUUUUAAAGGAAAUUCAGCACGCUGAUAAUUAUGCAGAUUGCAGUGACCUAUGAGCUUGCAUAAUUCAGCCAUCUUCCAAAUGCAAAUAGCUUUUCCUAAAAACAAGCCAUAGUUCUGCGGAUAAGCUGCAUUUUGUUAAUUUCUCCAGAUACUGGGUUUCUUUACAGUAUCCUCACCUCUUUCACCUCCGUGCAGUCAGGAGAGGGAGGUUGCUGGAUGGACUCUGUGAGAAGGCAAGAAGAGUAGUCUCAGACUGUCAUGUGUCCAGCACAGUGAAGGGGGCAAUCUGAAACUAUGGACAAGUUUGUUUUAAUGUACCCUCCUCCAUAUGCAAUGCAGAAGCUAGGCGCGCAAGUAGAAAACCAGUUUUAGGUCUAGCAUCCUCUUGAAUUGCACCAGCUUUGGUAAAGAUCCCACUCUUUCACAGACACUAUAUAUAUGUGUAGUGGGGUGGGAGAGAGAGUAGCAGUUACACAGCAAAGUCAAUAUUGUUGGGAUAUUGAGGGCUGCCUGAAAAAGAUUUAGUCACUGCUGACUCUUAAAUCUGUCAACUGGUUCCAAAACAGUGUUUCUCAUUUAUACCACAGUAGGGCAGUGGAUCCUCAUACUUGAAACUGAGCUACAAUUAGUUGCGUUGGUGUUCCCAGUUUAUAAACGGCAUUUAUGGUUUUGAGAAAUGACAAUAGGUAUGAAGGGGUGGUGGCGCGGACUAAUUCUGGGCAAGCUUUUAUCUUUGAGGAACCAGUGGAGUAGGCAUGUUUUGUUUUUUGGGUUCAUCAUGCUGGAAAUAGGAUAUUACCUCUGCAAGACAGUGUGCAUGUCAAACAUUCCAACUGAAUCCCUCUCACCUCCCCAGGCUUUUCACACCAUGUUCCGUGUCCCAGUGGGAUCUUGCCCUCCACCACUACAGCAGGAGACUUGGAGUGGGUCUCUUUGUGUAUCAAAUAACCUCCAGGUUUGGAGGAACAGAUUAAAUACUUAAUUUUCUGAGCCUAUGCCACUUCAGGUGAAUACGGAAACUCAGUAGAGAUCGGUAACCAUAUUAAUUUAGAGACAGGAGGUAGGCAAGAUUAACAGGGACCUAUGCAGGCUUUAGAGCCAUGUCGAACUUUUCAUCAGUGGUUUGUUUUUUCAGCCCAUGAAGAGCUUGUCUUGUCUUGAAGGCAUGUGUGCUCCUAGCUCAAACUUAGUUGGUCUAAUAAAAUUUCAUGUUACUUUUUAAUGUCAGCUUGAAGGUCUGAAUGUAUAAAGAAUACAGUGGUAACCUCAGGUUACAGACGCUUCAGGUUACAGACUCCGCUAACAGUACCUCGGGUUAAGACCUUUACCUCAGGAUGAGAACAGAAAUGGCGCGGCGGCAGCAGGAGGCCCCAUUAGCUAAAGUGGUACCUCAGGUUAAGAAGAGUUUCAGGUUAAGAAUGGACCUCCUGAACGAACUAAGUUCUUAACCCGAGGUACCACUGUACAUAAGAAUUAAUAAGGGAUUUCUCCCCUCCAGUAUAAGCCCAUCCAGACACGCAUAGGGGUUUUUUUUCGUUUUAGUAGAAGGCUGUUGAGUUGUAUAGACAGGCAUAUUCACUGCUUAGUACUGCCCAAUGCUGACUUUUGUAUCUCCUUGCAGGUUUCUUCAUCCUGGGUGGAAUCUGCGUCUCGUACGGCAGCGCCUCCUACCUCGUCAGCCUCUUCCUCCUCCGUCGCACCAUGAUGCUGUCCUUUUCCACGGCUCUCCUGAACUGUGCUGCAGUCACCACUGUGGCACUGUUCUGGCUGUGCGCCAUCUCCCUCUACAUUGGGCGCUUGGAGGUGGAGAUCAUCCAGGACGACCCCAACGACAAGUGUCAGGACAAGAAAAAGGAGGACGGGAAGUCGGAUAAGUGACGGCCCAGUUGGCUUGUGCAGACACGCAAUUGUAUUCUGUGGACUGCAGCUUUUAAGGCCACCCCACCCGGCAUGUUUGAAUCCUUCUGCCUUUUGGGCUGAAGGGCAAGGAGAGGCGGCUUCCUUGCAAACAAGAGACAAGCGGAUGUGUUGGCUGCUUUGUAUUUAUUUCAGGUUUUCCAGAUGGGCUCUGGGAAAGUGACAGUAGCAAAAAUCAGGUCACCGGCAACGACAAAGAAGGGAAUUGUUCAGAGGACACUCUGCUGAGCCAGCAGCACGCACUCUUGCUGAACUGGGAUCUCUGGCACGUAAGCAUUCUGUUGAAGUUGGUCUUGCUCUGCUCUGCCCCCCGCUUCAACCAGUUAAUUGAUAUACUAGCUGAUAUUUAUCGGCUAAAGAUAUUGUAAGAAAUGCCCUGCUCUCUUGGCAUCUUCUGUAAAGCCUGGCCCUGCUUUCCCAGUGUUGCUUAUGCUCCCCAAUCCUCCUCCUCCUCACAUAUCAGGUGUAUCUUUUCUGCCACUGGCCCAUGCCUUCUUUGCUCCACCUGUCCAAAUCAGUUGACAUUUGUAUUAAAGACACCAAAACCAAA